AUGGGUAUUUGUUCCUGCAAAAAUCUAUCCAAGAUACGUAAGUCAAAAAACCCUUCUACCGAUAGAGAUGAGUACGGGGCAAUUUUUUUCCCAACAGGGAUCAGGAAGUCUGAUGCAACGCACACACAGAUAUACGUGCCCACAGAAGUCAGUGUUAAUGAGGUUUCAUCGGAUAUUCAUUACUUCAGCUCCCCAAAUAAAAGGAAUAGCCUACGCGAAAAAAGCAGCAAUUAUAGUAAUGACAUCCCUGGUAGAAGCAAAUCCGUGAAUACGAGUCAAGGCCCUCUAGGAGAUUCAGAAUUUCAUUAUCAAAGGAAGAUUACGGAAAUCUAUGUCAACCAAAAUGGGGAAUCAGAAAACCCUUAUGGAAACCAAAGCGUAUCUUUUUCGGAUGAAAUCUCCAAGAUUAAAGUGGAAUCCAUGACGGAUCAAAUCGACAAUACGGAUUUGUAUUCCAGCUCUAUAGAAGAUCUGAAGAGUUUGUAUUCCGUGAAUAGCAAGAGCAACAAGUCCGAGGCGAGUGCGAGCCUCCCUCAGCGCCCUGAAACGCAAAAAGCCGGCGGCGCGAAGCCCACGGCCCCGACGGGCGAUUCCCUGCACCUCCCCCCCCCCCCUCCCCCUGGUGAUCGGGCGAGUAUUCACACCCCCGAGCGCCCCGACUCCGCCUUUCACACCCCCAUCGAGGAUUCGGCGAGUGAUAUUUCGGAAUUCCUCGCGGCCGGACGCCCACGCGGCUACGCCUAUUACAACUCCCCCUCAGGUGGAAAAAUCGACCCCCCACGCCCCCCUUCGCUCCCCACCCACGGCCGACCGCCGCUCGCGCAGGCGCCUGAAAAAUUCAGCCGCAAAUCCAGCAUCACCGUGGUGGAUGUGCGGAGUAACCGGGCCUACGACGCGAGCGCGGCGAAAUCCCCCAUCCGUCCAAACGGACUUCGCCGGGCGGAUUCGUUGACGAGCGGGCGAUCGGACCUCUACGGCCGCGCGGAUCCGGGUUUUUUGAGCUGCCGCAGCACCACGACGUCGAUCUCCGCGUGGAAGUCGAGCCUUUCCAUGCCGGUGAGCGGGAGGGCGCGGGAAUCGAAACGGACGCCCGCCGCCUCGUGGCGAACCCCCGCCCUUUCCCCACCCUCGACGACGUCGAUUCCGCGAUCGUCGUCUUUUUAUUCCUGUUGUGAAACAGCGAGCGUUUCGACGGCGGCGGUGAACUCGAUCAUCUCCCCGAUGGCGCGGACGCCCUCUUGGGUGAAACUUGGGCGGCGAAACAACCCCGUGAAGCCGAUGACGUCCUUGAAAUUACCACCACGGUCUCGACAAGGGAUUUUCACGAAUCGCGAGCUCCAAAAGAACCCUAAACCCCUCCAGAAGGUCUCCCCGGUGAGCGUGAAGAGCAAAAGCACGGAGGGUGGCCGGGAAAGCGGGAGGAAAACCGCAACCGCGUCGGCCGAUCCCGCGAUCGUCUCGACCUCUGUUCGCGCGCUACGCGAUGUGAGCGGGAUUCGCGCGGAGGGUCGAUCUCGUCUCCCCGCACGCACCCCACCUCGCGCGCUGUGGAAUCCUUCACGGCGGUGGAACCCGCGGAAUGGCAGCCUCGCGAGCCUCGGGGCGGCGGCGUCGAGCGUGCACUCCUCCUGCUUCGCGGAGACGCCGCGGAGUUCGUGUUUUCGCUCCUUCCCCCCUACCCCUUCGCAGCGGGGAGAGGCGAUCGGGGCGACCCCUUUCGAGGCGCCUCCGCGUGCGUCGCGGGGGACUCCGGAGGGGGGGCGAUCGAAGCGUGAGGCGCGAAGUCCCUCCGCCACCCCCUCGCUCCCGGAAACGACGAAAAACCCGGAGAGACGUCAAGAAGAAGAAGAAGAAAAAAGAGGGGCGGAAAGGGAGGUAAAGAAGGGGGGUGAUGCAACGCCCACCCCACGAGAUUGCAGCUCCUUGACGAUAAACAUUAGCCCCGCGACGGUGCGGGAUUCGGAGCGGAGAGGUGCGCGUCGGGAAGGCAGCGGAGGGCGGAAAAAAUUAUCCAACGCGUCGUUUUCCACCCCCCUGGCGGGGAAAGGGAGGUUGGAGGGGCUCGUUCUCACGGAAGGAAGCUCGACGCGAUCUUCAAGGGAUCCAAUAGGGCGUGCGGGCUCCUCAGGGGCGGUGAUUUCCAUCCACGACUCCCCCAUGGUGAGCCUGGAUCACGAAAAUAACUCCCCCACGAAUGGUUCCUCCUUCGACUUGCUCGAUAUCAUCAGCUACCCGCCGCCGGAGGAGAGCACGAAAGGCGUUAACGCGUAA